AUGCCUGGAAAUGCUCCAAGGCAGAUGCAGCCUCCACCAACUCAGCAUGGAAUGCAAAACCUUCCAAACAACCAGCUCAUGGCUGCACAGUUUCACGCAAUGCACACUAUGCAAGCGCUGGCUCAGGAGCGUAAUAUUGACUUUUCGGUGCAUGCCAAUGCUAACUUGAUGGCGCAACUCCUUCCAUUGAUGCAGUCAAGGAUGGCUGCCCAACAGAAGGCAAGCGAAUCCAAUGUCGCUGUCCUUCCAUUGAUACAGUCACCACCAUUGCCGCCACCGCGACAGCCGCAACAGCAAAUUGCUCCUCAAGGUGUCUGUAAUCAGGAGGGACCUGGUCAAAAGCCUUCUGACAAGCAAGUGAGGCAUGUAGAUUCCAGUGAGAAGGAAACUCGGUCAAUGCCACUGGCAAAUGGGCUAAUUACUCCCAAAGAGGAAAAUCUUGUUCGUGAGGAGAAAUCAACAAUGUUAGUGAGUCGAGUGCAAGUUUCUGGUGGUGCAAUGCAGGAAACUACACCAGCGGGAGCUUCAACUAAAGAAGAUCAGCAAAGUCCAAUAUUUUCCCCCAAGUUAGAUCAGGACGCUGAACAUGGCCCACAGAAUAUUCCCGUUGGAAAUGAUCUUCCAGCUGAUAGGGGAAAGAUAGUCGCUACACAGUUGCCUGUAUCUGAUGCAACUCAAGUUAGGAAACCAACACAAGCAAACACUGCAUCGGUGCCAAAAGAUUCUAAUUAUGCCAGAAAAUAUCAUGGUCCGCUUUCUGAAUUUCCAUUUUUCACAAGGAAACAUGACUCAAUGAGUUCAUCGGGUAUGAUUAACACCAAUAACAACCUGACCCUGGCAUAUGAUGUUAAAGAUCUUCUUUUCGAAGAAGGCACUGAAGUUCUGAGCAUAAAAAGAUGUGAAAAUUUGAGGAAAAUUUGUGGUUUAUUGGCAGUAAAUCUUAAGCGGAAGAGGAUCAGGCCUGAUCUUGUGUUGCGGUUACUGAUUGAGGAGAAAAAGCUCAAACUUUUGGAUCUACAGGCACGCAUACGAGAUGCGGUUUAUCCACAACAGCAGGAGAUAAUGGCAAUGCCAGACAGACCUUAUCGGAAAUUUAUUAGACUAUGUGAGCGCCAACGGAUGGAGUUGGCUAGACAAACAGAAGAAUAUCUUAAUAAGUUAGGAAGUAAAAUAACUGCUGCUAAGAGUCAGCAGGAAGUAGAAGAGGCGGCAAAUGCUGCAGCUGCAGCUGCAAGAUUGCAGGGACUUUCUGAAGAAGAGGUGAGGGCAGCAACAACUUGUGCUGGAGAGGAAGUAAUGAAUGAUAAGAAACCGAUUUACAGAAAUGAAUGCCCCUAGGGAGGGUUCAUCUGUUAGCAAAUAUUACAAUCUCGCUCAUGUAGUGAAUGAAAGAGUCACAAGACAGCCUUCAAUGUUGAGAGCUGGAACGUUGAGAUAUUAUCAGCUUGUAGGUUGGAUUGCAGUGGAUGCUGUCUUGGUAUAACAACAAGCUGAAUGGGAUCUUAGCUGAUGAGAUGGGUCUUGGAAAGACUGUACAGGUCAUGGCAUUGAUUGCCCAUCUGAUGAAAUUUAAAGGAAACUAUGGACCGCAUCUUAUAAUCGUUCCUAAUGCUGUUUUAGUGAAUUGGAAGAGUGAAUUCCACACCUGGCUGCCAUCUGUGUCGUGUAUCUUUUAUGUUGGGAACAAGGAACAAAGAUCCAAAUUAUUUUCUCAAGAGCUUUGUGCCUUGAAGUUCAACGUUCUUGUCACAACAUAUGAAUUUAUCAUGUACGAUCGGGCAAAACUUUCCAAAGUUGAUUGGAAAUAUAUCAUGCACAGAGGAUGAAGGAUAGAGAAUCAGUUUUGGCCCGUGAUCUUGACAGAUAUCGAUGCCAGAGGCGCCAGCUUCUCACUGGAACACCAUUGCAGAAUGAUUUAAAGGAACUUUGGUCACUUUUGAAUCUGCUGCUGCCAGAAGUUUUUGACAAUCGGAAAGCAUUUCAUGAUUGGUUCUCAAAACCGUUUCAGAAGGAAGGCCCUACACAUGAAGCAGAGGAUGAUUGGCUUGAGACUGAGAAGAAGGUCAUUAUCAUUCACCGACUUCAUCAGAUUUUGGAGCCUUUCAUGCUUCGGCGUCGUGUAGAAGAUGUGGAAGGUUCACUGCCAGCAAAGGAUUCCAUUGUCUUGAGAUGUAGAAUGUCAGCAUUCCAGAGUGCAAUUUACUAUUCGAGUGGAUCCUGAGGAUGAGAAGGUGAGGGUCCAGAAAAGUUCAAUAUACCAGGCUAAGGUGUAUAAACUCUAAAUAACAGGUGUAUGGAGCUUGGAAAAACUUGCAAUCAUCCAUUGCUUAAUUAUACAUAUUUGAAUGACUGCUCCAAGGACUUCCUUGUUAGAUCUUGUGGGAAACUGUGGAUUCUGGAUAGGAUCCUCAUGAAGCUGCAUAGAACAGGACAUCUGGUACUGCUCUUUAGUAGUAUGACAAAACUUCUGGACAUAAUGGAGGAGUAUUAUUUGCAAUGGAGGAGACUACUAUACAGAAGGAUUGAUGGUACAACUAGGCUUGAAGAUCGUGAGGCAGCUAUUGUAGAGUUUAAUAGUCCUAAUUCUGAUUGCUUCAUCUUCUUGCUCAGUAUUCGUGCAGCUGGAAGGGGGCUUAAUCUUCAAUCUGCCGACAUCCUGAUCGAAUUGGACAGAAAAGGGAAGUAAAAGUCAUUUACAUGGAGGAAGCACUAGUCAACAAAAUCCCUAGCCAUCAGAAAGAGGAUGAAUUUGGAAGUGGAGGUUCCGUUGAUCUAGAAGAUGACCUGGCUGGUAAAGAUAGAUAGAUACAUGCAUAAGGAACAACAUUCAACAAUAUAAGAUUGACAUGGCUGACGAGGUUAUCAAUGCUGGGCAUUUUGACCAAAGAACAACACAUGAAGAGAAGAGAGACGCAUGACUUUGGAAACACUGUUGCAUGAUGAAGAGAGGUAUCAGGAAACAGUGCAUGAUGUUCCGUCACUUCAACAAGUGAAGAGGAAGUUGAGUUGUUUGAUCAAAUGGAUGAAGAACUAGACUGGGAAGAGGAGAUGACCAGGUGCCUGAGUGGCUUCGAGCCAGUUCUAACGAUGUGAAUGUUGCAAUUGCGAAUCUCUCCAAGAAACCAUCAAAAUAUAUGUUAUCUGCUGGAAAUUUGGUUGUACAAGGCAGUGAAAAUGAGCCCCGAAGGGGGCGACCUAAGGCAAACAAGUCUCCAAAUUACAAGGAAAUUGAUGACAAUAAUGGAGAAUAUUCUGAUGAGGGAAAUAGAUAUUCUGCUCAUGCUCAUGAUGAAGAGAGAGAGAUUAGAGAAUUUGUAGAUGAUGAAUCUAGUGGUGCUGGUGAGGCACAAGCAAUCCAUAAGGAUCAGUCAGAAGAUGAAUUUCCAGCAUGUGAUGGUGGGCUUCUGAUGCCAGAUGAGGGGGAGAUAGCGAUGUCUGGAGAUUCUCACAUGGAUCGCCAGCAAUCAGGAAGUUGGAUUCAUGAGCGUGAUGAAGGUGAAGAUGAACAGGUCUCGCAAUCCAAAAUAAAAUGGAAACAAAGCAUUCGGCUUCGACCCCGCCAUAUUGUAGACAAGACAGAUGAGAAGCUUGUUAACGAGGUUCCACGUGGAGAUUCUUGUCCUUCACCUUUCCAAGUGGAACACUACACAAGUAUCAACAGUUGAGGAGUAAUCUGGAAACCAGAGAAAUAAAUGCUGAUCAAACCGAUUCUUCGAAAAUCAGGCGAAAUUUACCCACUAGGAGAGCAACUAGUGCAUCAAAGUUGCAUGCAUCAUCACCAAAAUCAGGGAGGAUGAAUUUGCAGUCCCUUCCCUCUGAAGAUGUUGCAGAACAUUCUAGAGAUAGCUGGGAUGGCAAAGGGACAGGUCUAAGUGGUACUCCAGUGGUGGGAAAUAAGAUGUGCAGAAAAGGUGUAAAAAUGUGGUUGUCAAGUUUCAAAGGAAAGUUGAGAAGGAAGGUCAGCAAAUUGUCCCUCUCCUAACUGAUCUAUAGAAGAGGAUUGAAGCAGGCUGUAUGACUGGUGAUGGAAAUAAUCUCUUGGAUUUAAGGAAGAUCGAGCAGCGUGUCGACAGUUCAGACUAUGGUGGAUUCAUGGAGCUUGAUUUUGAUGUUCAAUUCAUAUUAAAAGGGUGCAAUGCAGCUCUAUGGUUUCUCUCACGAGGUUAGAUCUGAAGCAAGAAAAGUUCACGAUCUAUUCUUUGAUCUCUUGAAGAUAGCUUUUCCAAACACAGAUUUUCGGGAAGCCAGAGGUUCACUGUCGUUUUCUGGGCCAGCACCACCUACCUCCAAUGCUGUUCCAUCUCAAAGACGGACAGUGGCAAGCCAAAGCAAAAUUAAAGACAAGCAAACAAAUGAGGCAGAUACCGAUGCCCAUAAGCCAAUUCCUCAAAGAGAGUCUUCUAAACUUGGAGAGGACGCAAGGAUGUGUGUCCAGAUUCCUCUGAGGGAAACUAGGCAGCAAGGGAAUGGAAGUACCGGGAACCGAGAACAGCAGCAGGAUGAUUCCCCGUUGCACCCUGGGGAGUUGGUUAUGUGCAAGAAGAAGAGAAAAGAUCGGGAAAAGCCUAGGGCUGGAUCAAGUGGCCCUGUUUCCGUCCCUAGCUAGCAUUGGGGCAGGUUUGAUCGGCAGAGAAGGAAGACCGAGUCAGCAGCGGCCAUAAGCCACAACAUGCAUGGAUUAACCAAUCUCAAGCCGUAAAUAAUAAUGGCGCUGCUGGCGGUGGUAAUGCUGGGUGGGCAAAUCCUGUGAAGAGUUUAAGGACUAGACGCAGGUAAACCAAGGCCGAGCCAUUUGUAAUACUUAUAUAUAUAGGUUUGUAAGAGUGUAAAUGUAGAAUAUGUAAUGGAAGAGUUGGUGGGGUGUUCAAGUUGUAACGUAUUAGCCACACAGGAAUUUGCGCCCAAGAAACUAGAUUUUAGGUACGUAUUGCUCACCCCGAACUCCCCUCAUUGUACACAAAUUACCACUAAAAAAAUCAUUAAAUACCACAUUGAUUAUUUAAGAGUGGUAGUGAUUUAUAAGGCC